AAUUAAUAAAUUGUGACCGAACAAACAUCAUCGACACGUCACAACUUUCCUGCCAUCGUGGCUUGCCAACUGUCAAUUUUGUUGUUGACGUAUGAAAAAUUUGGAGUCACUUCGAGAAAGCACAGUUAUUACAGCUCCAAGUUACAAAGCUAAAGAAAAAUGGAUCAAAUCACAAAAUUCAUCGAACCAGGACGUCAGUUCACUAAAGACUCUAUUAGAUUAGUUAAAAGAUGCACAAAACCUGACAGGAGGGAGUUUCAAAAAAUCGCAAUUGCCACAGCUAUUGGGUUCUGUAUUAUGGGUUUCAUAGGUUUCUUCGUCAAACUCAUCCAUAUACCCAUCAAUAAUAUCAUUGUCGGUUCUUAAGCGUUAUUUAUUGUAAUUGUAAUCUAUAAGACAUCAAAUUUUUUAUAUAGAUUUAACUUAUCACUUCUAAUACGAAAAUUUUGUAUUAUCAUCUGUCAUAGUAAAACAUCUGGAAUAAAUGGUUUGUUACAGUUAA